AUGGCGAGUGCAAAUGACACACAGGAGCUAGAAGACCUGCCUGCUUCUUUCAAAUCAGCUGUGUGGGAAUAUUUCGGGUUCCCAGUGAACUAUGACAGCAACGGAGAGCGAGUGGUGGAUCGGACAAGGAUGGUGUGUCGGCGUUGUUCGACAGUUGUAGGGUCGCAUGUUCAUAAUGCUGAACUACAUGAAGCACAGAUGAAAGACGGUGAUGACAAAAUGGAAGAAUGUGAUGACAUUGAGAAGGAGCUAUUGUGCGAUGUCGACGGCUCCAUUUUCAUCCCCUCCACCCAUGUCCGCAACCUCGGAAUCAUCCUCGACCCCACCCUCUCAUUUCUGCCCCACAUAAACCAGAUCACUAAAACUGCCUUUUUCCACCUAAGGAAUAUUUCCCGCCUCCGGCCCUCUCUGUCUUUCUCCGCUGCUGAAACACUCAUUCACGCAUUUAUUACAUCCAGGCUUGACUACUGCAAUAGCAUCCUCCAUGCCAUCACCACUAAAGUUCUCAAUAAACUCCAAUACAUACAAAACACAGCUGCCCGCUUGCUCACCAGUACCCGCUCCAGAGACCACAUCUCACCUGUCCUCCAAGACCUUCACUGGCUCCCGGUCAAACAAAGAAUUGAGUUCAAAAUACUCCUCACCACCUACAAGGCCCUCAACAACCUAGCUCCCCCCUACCUCUCUGACCUCCUCCACCAUCAUGUCCCCUCCCGAUCCCUUAGGGCCAGUAAUGCCAACCUCCUGCAAACCCCCAGAACCAAGCGCCGAACCUGGGGUGAUAGGGCCUUUUCAGUUGCUGCCCCCUCCCUAUGGAACACACUCCCUAACCACAUCAAAGAUGCCCCCAACCUCCCAUCCUUCAAAACGGCCCUCAAAACCCACCUCUUCAGACUUGCUUUCCCCAGCUAA